GGUCGCCAGUAUACUUUCGUUUGCUCAUUGCUGAACGUGCUCAACAUCGUUCAGCUUGACCAUCAUGCCUCCCCCAAAAUCAAAAGGCGGUAAAAUGUUGAGCCUCAUCAACUGGAGGCUCAAAGUCACCAUCACCGAUGGACGUGCGCUUACAGGCCAGAUGCUUGCGUUUGACCGACACAUGAACCUUGUCUUGGCCGAAUGCGAAGAAUUCCGGCGCAUCAGGCCGAAGAAGAAGCCUGGUGAAACGGAGGCAGGCCCGGAGCAAGAGGUGAAGCGUACGCUCGGACUCGUGAUUUUGCGUGGCGAAGCUGUGGUCAGUUUGACCGUAGAGGGCCCUCCUCCUGUUCAGGACGAGGACAAGAAGAAUGCGCUCCCCGUUGGACCUGGUCGUGGUAUGCCAGCAGGUCGUGGAAUGGGCAUGAUGCCCCCUAUGGGACCCCCUUCUCUCCAACGCCCCCCAAUGCCGUUUGCACCCCCAGGAAUGCCCGGAGCUCCUCCCGGCUUCAGGCCCCCUGGUUUCCCUCAGAAUCUGCCUUUCCCUCCACCUGGAUUUGGUGGGCCCCCUCCUGGCUUCCAACAGCCUCCACAAUAGUCGGAAAAAUGUGUCUGAUGUUAGAUAGUCGCUAUCGUGUUCGCAUGACAAAACAGCGUUCGAGGGACGGCUUUGGUAGCCACGGGUUCCUCUAUUGGUGACAUCGCCAGUAUCUCGCCGUGACAAGGUUUGUACAUAAGUGUAUCAACGAAGUGGUGAGGAAGGCGAUACUGUUUUGUUAUCUUCUACCAUUCCUUCCUGUUCGACAGGCUGCUGCAUCUGUCCCGCAAUGUCCUACCAAUGACUGUGCUUUACUUCC